UCAGCAGUCUGACUUGUUUGAGCUGUCUCACUGUCCUGAGUUUUGCUUCACUCAGAGGAAAAUGGCUUCUUGUUCAGAGGAGGAUCUGUGCUGUUCUGUCUGCUCUGACAUCUUCAAACAUCCUGUGAUCCUGUCAUGUAGCCACAGCUUCUGUGAAGCCUGUCUGCAGAGGUGGUGGAGAAAGAAGCAGGCCCAGCAGUGUCCGUUCUGUAAGAGACUGUCAGAGUCAGAACCUUUGUAUAACCUGGAAUUAGAGAACUUGUGUGAGGCUUUACUACAGAAAGAUCAGAGAGCUUCAUCGGACUCUGAGGAUCUCUGCAGUCUGCACUCUUAUAGACUCAGACUGUUCUGUCUGGAUCAUCAGCAGCCAGCGUGUGUCAUCUGCAGAAACUCGCAAAAUCACAUCAACCACACAUUCAGACCCAUCGAUGAAACUGCAAUAGAACGCAAGGAAGAUCUUGAGGAUUUCCUGAAGCCCUUGGAGGAUAAACUGGAGCGCUGUAAUAAAGUCAAAGAACACUGGGAUGAAACAGGAAAACACAUCAAGGCCCAGGCUGCAGACACAGAGAGGCAGAUAAAGGAGCAGUUCAAAAAGCUUCACCAGUUUCUAGAAGAGGAAGAGGAGGCCAGAGUCUCUGCACUGAGGGAGGAAGAGCAGCAGAAGAGUCGGAGGAUGAAGGAGGAGAUGGAGGCUCUGAGCAGAGAGAUAGCAGCUCUUUCAGACACAGUCAGAGCCACAGAUGAGGAGCUGGUAGCUUCACAUGUCUCAUUCCUGAAAAACUACAAGGCUGCAUGGGAAAGAGUUGAGCAGCACUCCCUGGAGAAUCCAAAGCUGCCGUCAGGAGCUCUGAUAGAUGUGGCCAAACACCUAGGCAACCUGAGCUUCAACAUCUGGAACAAGAUGAAGGACAUGGUCUCCUACAGUCCUGUGAUCCUGGACCCAAACACUGCUGGUUCAAGACUCAUCGUGUCUGAAGAUCUGACCUGCGUGAGACGAGGAGAGGAGGAGCAGCCGCUUCCUGAUAAUCCAGAGAGGAUCAAAGGUUGGGGCUCUGUCCUGAGCUCUGAGGGCUUCAACUCAGGGACUCACAGCUGGGACGUCCAGGUUGGACAGAACACAAUCUGGGACGUGGCUGUGUGUGAGGAGUCUGCAGACAGGAGUCAACACAUUUACUUUAGAUUGUUGGGCAUAGGGAUGUUUGAUGAUGAAUACACACUAUGCACCCCAUCAGGUAACCCCGUUGUUGUGUCAGUGGUAGGGCGACCUCAGAGGAUCAGAUUGAAUCUGGACUGGGACAAAGGAAAGCUGUCAUUCUCUGAUCCUGACACUAACACACACAUACACACCUUCACACACACUUUCACUGAAAAGCUGUUUCCAUACAUUUGGUGUGGAGAGUCACCUGCUCUGAAGAUAUUACCACUGAAGGUCUCUGUAACAGUGGAGCACUGAACGUGGAGAUUAUGAUGAAGUCAGCUCAUAAAGUGCUUAUGUGUUGUUCUUAUCUUUACAUUAAACCAAAGAUACAGCUUACACGACAAAGAAGAAGAACUUUUGCUCAUUGGUAAUAGCAGAAGUGAAUUUUCUCUCUUUCUCCA